ACAGCUGAUACAGAUGUAAUCAGCCGGUUAGUUUGUGGAAGAGUAUAAUUUCUAAAUAGAAGAACUUUAAAAGACAGAACCUAAAUAAUUCGAUAUAUUUAUCGUAUUUUGCACAGUGCGUCUAAACAAUGAAGGCACAAUGGCUCGGUCGCCAUUUGAGAGCUACGCAGACUUUUGUACUGCAACGAACUGUUAUAGCACGGUCAGACGUUUGUUGUCGAAAAUUCUCAACAACAGUCAGCAGCUCGUCAAAGGCUAAAAUCUUAGAGAAAACAUUUUUAGAAAAGGCCACUUAUGGACCAGGCCUACACGAGUUCAUCAAUGUAAAACGCGCUCCAACACAUAUAAGUUCUGAGGAAAUCAAUGAAGAAAUUCAGGUACCAUACCUUUUGCCGGAAAACUAUAAUGGUCAGGGACGUAAAGUGUUUUUCGAAGUGUACGGCUGCCAAAUGAACACCAAUGAUACUGAAGUCGUAUGGGCGAUAUUGGAAAAAAAUGGGUAUGAACGUUGCCACGAAGCUCAGCAGGCGGAUGUUAUUAUGGUUGUUACUUGUGCUAUACGUGAUGGUGCCGAACAGAAGAUUUGGCAUCGUUUGAAGCAUUUACACGCAAUGAAAGAACGUAGAUCGGCACGACGCGGUCCAUUGCAAAUAACAGUACUCGGCUGCAUGGCUGAACGUCUUAAGGAACGUUUACUAGAAAGAGAGAGGAGUGUGGAUGUCAUUGCUGGGCCUGAUAGCUAUAAAGAUCUGCCCCGUUUGCUUGCAGUAUCACGGCAUUACCAACAAUCAGCUAUCAAUGUACUGCUGUCACUGGAUGAGACAUAUGCCGAUGUAAUGCCAGUGCGUUUGAACGCCGACUCUCCAACUGCAUUUGUUUCGAUUAUGCGCGGUUGUGACAAUAUGUGUUCCUAUUGUAUUGUACCUUUUACACGUGGUCGCGAACGUUCUCGACCUAUCGACUCUAUUGUAAAGGAGGUGCAGAUCUUGCGUGACAACGGAGUUAAAGAAGUUACUCUGCUGGGUCAAAAUGUUAACAGCUACCGGGAUCUUAGUAAUAUACCUUCAAACGUUACAGAGCAAAUUACUAACAGCAAAGUGGCACCCGGUUUUCAUACUGUUUAUAAAACGAAGGUAGGUGGCAUGCGCUUCGACGAACUUCUGCGGCAAGUGGCUGAAACGGCUCCAGAUAUGCGUAUUCGCUUUACAUCGCCACACCCGAAAGAUUUCUCCGAAGAUGUGUUGCGUGUUAUACGUGACUACCCAAAUGUCUGCAAAAACCUACAUUUACCUGCACAGUCUGGGAACGAUGCGGUUCUUGAACGCAUGCGUCGUGGAUAUAGCAGGGAUGCGUAUUUGCGUUUGGUGGAUACCAUACGAUCAAUAUUGCCAAAUGUCGGUCUGUCAAGCGAUUUUAUUUGUGGUUUUUGUGGAGAAACUGAAGAGGAAUUCAAAGAUACAUUAACACUCAUGGAACAUGUUCGUUACAACGUAGCCUUUCUAUUUGCAUACAGUAUGCGUGGACGUACAACUGCACAUCGUCGAUAUAAAGAUGAUGUGCCAAUGAAUGUGAAAACUGAACGUUUACAGCGGAUGGUGAAGGUAUUUCGUGAAGGAGCAACCGAUUUACAUAAGCUUUAUGAAGGACGUGAAGAACUCAUACUCAUUGAAGGAAAAAGUAAAAGGUCGGAUGAAUAUUUGUUCGGCCGUAAUGAUGCCAAUAUUAAAGUUAUUAUUCCAUUAAUGGCAUUGCCCGACGAAAUGGGAAUGAAAAGAGAAAUCACUACCGGCGAUUUUAUAGUAACCAGGAUAAGUGGGUCCAACUCUCAGGUACUUAAAGGCACGCCACUCUACUUCAGUUCUAUACGACAGUUUUAUUCAAACCGUUAUGAAGACAAAAAUGUAAUAAAAUUGUAAGCAAUCUGUUUCGUGUUAAAUAUACAAUUCCUGUUUACUUUUUUUUGAAAAAUUA